ACGCUACCUGCACCUGCAUUACCAGACUCGGGUUCCUGAUCAAAGAAUCGGGCGUACCCGCUGCAUCGAGUAGAAUCUGUUCAAUCACCUCAUACAUUGAAGAGCAAUCAGAUGGACCAAAGUCGACGUCUCCUCUGCGAUAGAUGUCAAAGUCACGUACACAAUCCGCUACGACUACACCCAAUCGAUCCCAUUCUCCUCCAUUCGAUUCACGUACCCUCACAGGUAGAAAUCGCCCAAACGUUGGACUCGCUGGAGAAAGAGACGCAACAGCUGCAGCAGUAUGAAAACACUAUCGAUCCUUUACGUCGAAUACUGAAAAAGUUGGAAGCUGAAAGACAGCAACUGGAAGUUCAGAUUACACGGCGUCAUUCCAUCACCUCCGUCCAGCGUAGGCUUCCUGUGGAGAUCUGGGAAACCAUAUUCUCGUUCGCGUGUUCAUUUAGCUCCGAGGACGGUUAUUCUCUGUCAAUAGGUUUCGACCCCGUUUUCAGGGUCAACACGAUGGCUGUAUUCCCCAUCCUUCUCUCUCAUGUCUGCAGCCGCUGGAGGGCCAUUGCUUUCGGCUGCCACACAAUUUGGUCUUCAAUCAGCAUCAAUCGGGUCAGAGACAUCUCCAUGAACCACAAGAUCCUCGUUGGAGCCUUCCUGGCAAACUCAGGGAAGUCUCCUUUGAAUAUUCGGGUCGUGGAGGACCGUCUGUCGGGACCCACUCAUGCAAUGUGGGAGCUCUUGAAGAGCCAUUUGUCGCGGUGCGAGCGGUUAUCUGUCGCUCUGAAGGACUACACUAGUCUUGAAACUUUUGGAGGGGCGGAUAUCACAUUCCACGAUUUAUUGUCUCUCCGCGUUGAUACCUCCAACAUUCGCAGGAGACCGGAAUUGGAUAAUCCGUUCUGGCAGGCGCUAUGUCACGCUCUGAAGCUCACUCAAGCUCGAGUACCCAACACUUACCCCCACAAUCCGCUUCCCUAUCCCCAACUCACUACAUUGGUCCUAGACGCCGUUCACCCCGACCGUAUGGAUCACCUACUCCGAGCACUUGAACUCUCCAGGAAUCUCUGUUCUUUUACAUUUCUGCGAAUGUAUUCGUACGGUGGUCUUCCAAAUUCCCUUGAUCACGUCAUUCGUCCUGUUCAAAUGCCCUCAUUACGCACUCUGUUACUGAGCCCUGAUACCGUGUUACCAACAUCUCACACUGCAACGCUCGAAGUAUUGUGUUCGUCAUUGAUGAUGCCUAAUCUUUCAGCCUUUGGUAUGGGAUGCACAGGUUCGACUUCAAACGUAACGCAUUGGCCCUCUUCACUUCUCGCCAUGUUGCGACGUUCAUCUACGACUCUGCGACACAUGUGGCUUUCCCUUCUUCCUAUCCACGAGCCCGUUUGGGAAGCACCUCUCUCCGUGUUGUUAGAGAUAACGCCUAAUUUGACACAUCUUGAGCUGGGAGAGUGGUGUAAGAAUACAGAUAUCGAUUAUUCCGAUUCCGAUUCCGAUUCCGAUUCUGACGACGAAUUCGACAGUCUCAUCUCAUCAUCUAUCACUGUCAUCACCUAUGUGGCUCAAAAUACUCUCCUCCCGAAUCUCGAAUAUAUAUCUCUCGUUCGUGUCCAACUGGAUUCUGACAUCCUAGCGAAGCUCCUCACUUUUGCGGCCUCGAGAAGCCCCUGCCGCCUUCAAUCUGAUGUCACUCCUGUUCCCAGUCGUUCCUUGAAAAAAAUCCGCAUCGUGCCACCUUCUGUUGUGGAGGACUCAUCGAAACCCGUUCUGGAAGCCCAUAUGCUAGAGGAGAUAACGCUCCUGGAGCAGGACGGGGUGAAGGUUGUGAUUGAGAAUAGUACUGAGGAGGCGUCAAGUUGGCCCCUGACAAACGUGGAGGGUUGGGAAAAUCUGAGGAAAUGACGGGCGGAGCUCGAACAUUCCACGACAAAUCAUGGUGCCCAUGUAACUCGGCCCUUCUAUUCAUGAUUUUGCCAAGUUACCCUAGUAUUGGAUUUUUUUUUCCAUCUAAGCAUCUUGAAUGUAAAUGCUGUAUAUCAUACAUCGGCGCCACAUAAUACUGUAAAGCAGGG